GUCCAUCGUAAAAUUGGACACCACACUUGCUAAAAAGGAACCAAGUGGGCAGCAAUAGUCUUCACUUUCCAGAAACCUCAAGAAAAAUGAACACUAUGAUGUUACAGCAUCAGAGAUAAAAGUCAGCCCAAUCGAAUGGCGUCAACAAUUCCACAACCACUAAGGCCACUGUUUAGCCAGUACAGAACAACAACAACGACAGCCAAAUUCCUCAUAUCUCGCAACCCAGCACAUAAAUGGACCAACACAAACAACAACAAUAACAACAACAAUGCUUAUAGUUCUCCUAGACUCACCUAUUUCCAUCAUCCUCACCUUAAUCCUGCUCAUCUUCCUCUUUCGCUUUGCCAUCGUUUUCUUCUUCCUCGUCAUCCUCUUCGUCUUCUGCGCCGACUUUGUUCACCUCCUUUUCGACAUUCUCUGACCCUUAUGACCACUUCUCAGGCCACCGCGUCGGACUCCACACAGCCCUCAAACAAAACGGUGAGGGUUGUGAUAAAGGGGCGGGUACAGGGGGUGUUUUAUAGAAACUGGACAGUGGAGAAUGCGACCCAAUUGGGGCUGAAAGGUUGGGUGCGGAACAGGAGGGAUGGCUCUGUGGAAGCUCUAUUCUCUGGGAACCCUGAUGUGGUCCAGGAGAUGGAGCAAAGGUGUCGCCGAGGUCCACCGGAUGCAAUGGUUACUGGGCUUGAGGUAUUUCCUAGCAGUGAUGAUCCUGGUUCUGGAUUCAAGCGCAAACCAACUGCCUGAUCAAUCCAUUUAAAAACAUAGUACCAUUUGCUGUGCUAAUUAUUCAUACUGUCAGGUUUGGCUGGAUAUUGUGAUUCAUCGGUGCAAUAAUUACCUGGUUGUACAGGGUCCUCUCAGUGCUUAUAAAGCAUGUAAAAAAGAGGUCUACUUUAUUCGAUUCUCUCAGUUUGUAUAUAUAAGUUUAUGUAACACAUAUUUUAGUAAUUGUUUUAAUUCUAUAUGAUAUUUAUUUGGGUGACAUUGCCAUCGGUGGAUUGGGUGGAUCAUUUCAGAAAUGUGUCUCAAAGGGUACUUCCCUGAGUAGUUUCGGAUCACUAUCCACUCUUGGUGGAAGCUGGAGGAGUCAGUGAAGGUCGCAGUGCCUUUAAGUUUGAGAAUAUGUGGUUGAAAGAAGAGGGUUUUGUGGAGAGAGUUCGGUAAUGGUGGAAUGGGUAUUGUUUUUUGGGUUCUCCUAGCUUUAUUCUAGCUUGAAAAUUAAAAGCUCUUAAGGAUGAUUUGAAGAAGUUUAAUAAGGAGGAAUUUGGUGAUUUGGCGUUUAGUAAGAAAAGCCUUUUGACUGAGCUUUUGGGUUUGAAUGCUAGAGAGGAUUUGUUGGGUCUUUUGCAUGAGGAACAAACUUGUCGUACUCAAAUUAAAGGUGAUAUUGCUCAUUUAGCUUCUUUAGAGGAGAUUUCUUGGAGACGAAAGUCUAGGGUUUUUUUUGUGAAGGAGGUUGACAAUAAUACUCGUUCCUUUCACUGGGUAGCGAACUCCCAUAGAAGAACUAAUCACAUUAGAGGCAUAGAGGUGGAUGGUGUCCUUUAUAAGGAUGAGGGCAGAUGUAUGUUCUCAAGUGGUUCAAUUUUAUCAAGGUUUGUACACGGAGUCUGAUACAUGGCACCCUACUUUGGAUGGUUUGGAGUUUGCUAGCAUUGAAGAAGAUGAGCGACUUUCUCUUGAGAGGGAUUUUUCUAAGGAGGAGGUGAUGCAGGUCCUCCAAGAGAUGGAGGGUGAUAAAGCUCCUGGUCUUGACGGGUUCACUAUGGCUUUUUUUCAUAAAUGCUGGAGUGUUGUGGAAAAUGAUGUUAUGGCCUUUUCUGAUCACUUUUAUUGGAGUUCAGAGUUUGAAUAGUCUUUGAAUGCUUCUUUCCUAUCUUUAAUUCCUAAGAAAAAUAAUGCACUAAUUAUUAAAGAUUUUCGCCCUAUUAGUUUAGUGGGUAGUGUUUAUAAGCUAUUAUCUAAGGUGUUAGCUAACAGAUUGAGGAGGGUGUUGGACAAACUCAUCUCUGAAUCGCAAAAUUCUUUUGUUGGUGGAAGACAGAUUUUGGAUUCAGUGCUAACGAAUGCGUUGAUAACAGAUUGAAGUAUCGUACUCCAGGAGUGGUUUGAAGUUGAACAUUGAAAAAGCUUAUGAUCAUGUGAAUGGGACACUUUAUUCUAUUUGUUGGAGAGGAUGGGUUUUGGGGUUCGAUGGAGGAGAUGAUUAAAGGCUUGUGUCUCUACUGUUCGUUUUUCAGUUUUGGUUAAUGGAUCUCCUGCUAGUUUCUUUGAAAGUUCUUGAGGUUUAAGACAAGGUGAUCCAUUGUCUCCUCUUCUUUUUCUUUUGGUCAUGGAGGUUCUUAGUAGGAUUUUGAAGAAAACUGAGGAAGGUGGUCUUCUUUAGGGUUUUCAUGUGGGACCUGUUAAUACUACUGGUAUUCGUAUUUCACACCUACUUUUUGCUGAUGAUACCAUUCUCUUUUGUGAUGCUUCUAGGGAGCAGUUGCUUUCAAUUAAGCUGGCUUUGACUUGUUUUCAAGCCUUUACUAGUUUGAAGGUGAAUGUGGGGAAAAGUGAGAUUGUCCAUAUUGGGGAGGUGAGUAACAUUCAAACUUUUCUAACAUUCUUUAAUGCAGGGUGUGCAGUUUACCUAUGACAUAUUUGGAAAUGCCCUUGGGUACUUCGUAUAAGACAGCCUUUAUCUAGAACCUUAUUCUAGGAUGGAGAAGAAGCUUUCAGGCUGGAAGCGUCUUUAUUUAUCAAAGGGUGGUAGGCUCACUUUGUUGAAAAGUACCAUUUCAAACCUUCUAACUUAUUAUCUUUCUCUAUUUACUGUUCCUAAAGCCAUGGCUAUUAGACUAGAAUGUAUUCAGAGGAAUUUUUGUGGGGUUCCUCAAAGAAGUGUUUCAAAUACCCCUUAGUGGCUUGGGAGAAGUUCUGUUUCCUGCUUAAGCAGGGUGGUUUGGGAAUUUGGAAAUUGGUGCCUUUUAAUUAGGCCUUGUUAGGGAAAUGGCUUUGGAGAUAUGGCCAUGAAACUACUCAUCUUUGGCAGAGAGUUAUUGCCAUGAAAUAUGGGGAGGGGAAAGGGGGGUGGAACACUAGAGUUUGUAGGAGGGCUCAUGGGUGUGGAUUAUGGCGAAGUAUUAGUGAAGGGUGGGAGAGCUUCUCUAAGCAUUUCAUUUUUGUGGUGAGAGAUGGUUCUUGUAUUCUUUUUUGGCAUGAUAA